AUGGUGGAAAUUAAGCCUGUCCGGUACGGUUUUUCAGGUUACCCCUUGUGCAAGUUAUCUCUAAUCUUUCUUUUCCUCUUCGUAGCUGUCACUGCCGGUGACUCAAGUAUUCCAUCAUCCAACACCCGGAGACCCCACCCCUCCAAGAAACUCACUAAACCGGUGGUUUUACUAAUCUCCAGCGACGGUUUCCGGUUCGGUUACCAAUUCAAGACGGAGACACCAAACAUUGAUCUCCUCAUUUCUCGAGGAACCGAAGCUCAAACCGGUUUAAUCCCGGUUUUCCCAUCCAUGACGUUCCCAAACCAUAACUCAAUAGCCACCGGACUCUACCCGGCUUACCACGGUAUAAUCAUGAACAAGUUUACCGAUCCAAUAACCGGUGAGCUCUUCAAAAGAAACCUAGACCCUAAGUGGUGGUUAGGUGAGCCCUUGUGGGUAACCGCAACAAACCAAGGUCUCAAAGCUGCGACUUACUUUUGGCCAGGCGCUGACGUACACAAAGGCUCUUGGACCUGCCCUAAAGGGUUGUGUCAAGCUCCUUACAAUGUCUCGGUUCCGUUAGAAGAAAGAGUUGAUUCGAUCUUGAGCUACUUCGAUCUUCCACAGAGUGACAUCCCUGAUUUCAUGGCGUUGUAUCUUGAAGAAACUGACAUACAGGGGCAUAAGUAUGGUCCUGAUGAUCCUCGUGUCACUGAAGCGGUUGCGAAGAUCGAUAAAAUGAUCGGUAGGGUCAUCAAGGGUUUGAAGAAGAGGAAGGUGUUUAGUGAUGUUCAUGUGAUAUUGCUUGGUGAUCACGGAAUGGUUACUAACUGUGACAAGAAAGUGAUUUAUAUUGAUGAUUUAGCGGAUUGGAUCAAGAUACCCGCGGAGUGGAUUCAAGAUUAUAGUCCUGUCCUUGUGAUGAAUCCACGGUGGGGUAAAGAUGUCAAGAAUCCUGGUGAGAAGAACGCUGAAGUGGUGGAGAAGAUGAACAAAGCUUUGAGGUCAGGGAAAGUAGAGAACGGUGAGUUUCUACAGAACAGAACAAACGUUCAAGAGUGUUAUGGAGAUCAUGGAUACGACAACAUGUUCUUCUCUAUGAGAUCUAUCUUUGUUGGACAUGGUCCUAGGUUUAGGAGAGGAAAGAAAGUGCCCUCGUUUGAGAAUGUUCAGAUCUACAAUGUUGUUGCUGAGAUUCUUGGACUCAGACCAGCUCCGAAUAAUGGUUCUUCUUUGUUUACUCGUAGCCUUCUCAAGCCCUCUGGAGAAAUAACGCAAGUAGAAUGA